AUGUGUAUGCUUCGUAUCUUUCAAAUAUUCGUUACACUAUUUAUAUUCAAGAAUACUAAUUCAAUUUCAAGCCCUAUCAGACCAUUUACUAAGUACGACUAUUCGGUAGAACUCGAAAAAAAUGUAGCCGAUCUAUGGUGGACAGUGGAUGAUAUUAAACAAGAAAUUGUGUUCGAGUUGCAUAUUAAAACUACAGGUUGGAUUGCUUUGGGUAUAAGUCCAGGUAGAGAUGAUCUAGAUUUUCUAAUUUUUCUUCGACUAUAUUCAACGAAUGAAUAUCUAGCUGGCGGUAUGGCAGGUGCAGAUAUCGGCGUGGGUUGGAUCGAUCAAGCGGGUAACAUUCAUUUUCAAGAUCGAUAUGCAUUUGGUUUUUCAAAACCUAUUCCUGAUGAUACAACCAUGGAUUGGCAUGCCAUGCAAGGUCGUGAACUAAAUGGAUGGACAGCAAUUCAAUUUAAACGUUUACUAGAUACUUGUGAUUCAAUGGAUGUUCCAAUUAAAUCUGGAACGAACGUUCUUAUAUUUGCAUAUGGUUUAACGGAUCCAAAUAUGGCGCGGCUAGAUGAUGAUAUUUCAUAUCAUGAAAAUCGACGAGGCUCACGUAUCAUUCCACUUCAAUCUUAUAGUAUUCCACCUCCGAAAAGCAAGUUUGCUGAAUUAGAUACGUUCGAAUGGCGAAUGAAUCAUUAUUUAGUUCCACCUAUUGAUACAAUCUACUAUUGCAAAGUAUUCAAAGCGCCGAGCCAUUUCCCAAUGAAACAUCAUGCUGUUGCGCAUCAAUUCAUUAUUGACUCGGUAAAUCGUGACAUCGUUCAUCAUAUGGAUGUGUAUGAAUGUGAACCUGAAACAACCAUUUUUGACGACACUAGUUUACCUGCUGGUGAAUGUGAUCAAAUGAUGGAACUGGCAAAAAUAUGUACAUCAAACAUUGUUGCUGUAUGGUCUGUUGGUGCAGAUGACAUUUCAGAAUAUGUUCCUGUAGCUGGCUAUCCUGUUGGUGGUGAUUUUCCUAUCAAAUAUUAUUUGCUUCAAAUUCAUUAUGAUAAUCCACGACUAUUAUCGGGUCGUCGAGACAAUUCGGGAAUAAAAUUUUAUGUUGAUAGAAAACUUCGUCAAUAUGAUAUUGGCUAUCUUUCAUUUGGUACGCUAUCAAACGCCUAUGCACUGGCAAUACCGCCGCGUGUCGAUCAUUUUAUGGUCGAUUCUUAUUGCCCAGCCAAUUUCAGUAAAGAUUUUCCUAAAUCUGGAAUAACAGUUAUUAGUGCCAUUCCACACACUCAUUUACAAGGUCGAAGUGUAUGGACAAAGCUGAUUCGUAAUGGUCGAGCAGUGCAAUAUCUAUUCAAUGGAGAAUCUUUCAAUUUUAAUUAUCAAUUUGAAAACCGUCUAGCAAAACCAAUCGAACUCUAUCCAGGUGAUGAAUUUGUUACACAAUGUGUAUACAGUACAAAUAACAAAGAUGAAAUAACAUUGGGUGGUGAACGAACAAAAGACGAAAUGUGUAUGCAUACAUUUAUGUAUUAUCCUCGAAUAAAUAAUCUUUUCCUAUGUCGAACAGAAAAUGAUUUGUCAUCAUGGCGAAAUUUUUUAAACAAUUCAUCAGAAAUUGAUGAUCUUUUAAAAUUCAAGUACUUAUUAACUAAUAUAAAAUGGACACCUGAUCUAGCUAAACAAUGGCAACAAUUCUAUAAUAAUGCUUCGCGUCGUCUUACCCUUGGUGGUGGAAAAAUGUUUGAACAGCGGUCCAUGGGUAUAAUGCCUUCAUAUGAAGAUUUAGCCACUGAACACUGUAGACGAAUAUAA